AUGUUGUUACUUUUCACCGUAGUUACUCUUGUUAGCGCUGCACAGGUGGCACCUGUAACUCCGCAGGCAGCUGUACCUACACAAUUCCUUCCUGGUGCCCAGCAAAAGAUUGGCGGUGUGGACAACAGAUGUGCCAACAAGCAAGUAGAAGGUGUUCAAAUAUUUCAAGGAAACAUGGCCGAUUGCCUGAAAAGAAACUCCGAGGCUGCAAAUGCAAUGGUUCAAAGAGCCAAGCAAAAGGCUUUAGAAAUCUACAAUAAGGAGAUUAGCAAGGGCCCCACACCAAAGGAUAGCGGCCAGUGCAUAGAAAGAGCUGUACAAGGUACUGACAGGUGUAUUCUUGCAAAAAUAAUCGACAAGGCUGUGAACAUGCUUAAGUACAGAAUCUCAAAGGUAGGAAAUGCUACAGCACUCUUCAGAGGAAACAAGCUAAUUUCUCUAAUUCUUAAUGUUGAUUAUGGACUUAAGCCAUUCUUUACUGUUGUAAAGAAGAAAACAAAGAGAGUGUUCCCCCAAGGGGAUGAGCUGAACUUCAAUGGAAUUGGUCAGCUUAUAGGAGUAAAAGGCACAUUCCCUCAAGACAAUAAUGAUGAAUGCAAGCCGUGUGACUCUCCAAAGAAGACUGUUGAGACUGUUGCUGAGGAAUGUAAUCUUGGGUGCCAGCUUAAGGGGACGCCUGGGUUGAUAAGCAGAGCCAUACAAAAGAAGGAGGUCAAGGAAAGCUCAAAGGACGGAGAAAAAAGCUCAACCCAGAACGGCGAAGGCACCACCGAUGAUGAAGAUGGACAGCAAUCUCCGGACGGUAAUGGACCAGAGUAA